AUGUCAUUCUCACUAACUAUUCAACUCCAACUAUCCCAAGCAAUAAUGAAGACUCUAAUUCCUCCCACUGCUUCUACCUUGUUUUUAUUCUCUCUCUUCCUUCUUCUCUCUAUCUUCACCUCAAACCUCCAUUCCGCCGCUGCCGACGCCGUCACCGACAGAGACGGCGAUGCACUUCGAAACGGCGGCACAUAUCACAUCCUCCCUCUCUUCGGAGUAAGGGACGGCGGCGUAGAACUCGCCGCCACCGGAAACGAAACGUGUCCUCUCACCAUCGUUCAAUCCAGCACAUCACAAAUCUUCCGGGGACUACCAGUGAGAAUCUCAUCCCCAUAUCGAAUGGCUUACAUCACCGAAGGCCUGACUCUGAACCUGGCUUUCGCUUCUUCGCCAUCGUGUGCACCCACUCCUCCGAACUGGACCGUUGUGAAGGACCUACCCGAGGGACAAUCCGUGAAACUACCUGGGUUCCGAAGCACGGUGAGUGGGUGGUUUAAGAUUGAAAAAUCUUCGCUUGAGUACUUGUACAAGGUUGUCUUCUGCGCACGUACCGGUGGGACGUGUGGAGAUGUUGGGAUUAGUGUUGAUGAUGAGGGGAUGAGUCGGUUGGUUGUUACCGAGGAGGAGGAUGAAGGCAUUAUUGUUGAGUUCAUGAAAGCUGGUUAG